UUGAGUUGGCCUUUUCAAAAUUAGCUCCUUCUGCGUAGAAUUACAAGCAGUCCAACCGAAAUCUACUGGACCUUCUCUCCCUCGCUUCAAUCUCUCUGCUCUUAUAUGCCUUUGAGUUCUAUCCGAUUCAAAGCAGGGUUUCUUUAAUCCGCGCCAAAUCUUGCCUCCAACCAUCCCCAUCUGUUGCUUCUUCAAUCAAGAGAUAAGGAUUUCGCAUCAGUUAUGAUUAUAAUCUCUAAACCCUUUAUGAACUUCAUCGUAAUCGUUCAUAAUCUUCGUGUUUUUGGUACUGGGUUGAAUCCCUUUGCACCCUACUGCCUUGCUCAUCAUUCUCUUUGAUUUUAGCUUUACCCCUAAUACUCAUUAAGCAUUUUGAUUUUACUUUGUUCUUCCCAAGGAUCAUGUAGUUCUUGUUUUUUUGGGUUCUGGGUUUUCUUGUUUUUGAUCAUAUUUCCAUAAGAGUUGUUGUUGAAUGGAGCUCUGUUUCUAGUUUGUGAUUUAACGAACUAUUGUGAGUGAGUUGAUUGAAGGGGGGAUUUAAGAUCAUGCCUCAAGAACAGAGAGGCUCGAUGAGUCGAAGCCUUUCGAGAAGGCGUUCCUUCCGAAAUGAAGUAUUGAAUAGGGAUGAUAGGGGGUGGACUUCACUCCACAUUGGUGCGCGAAAGGGUGACCUUAAAGAGGUGAAGCGUCUGCUGAAUGAAGGAAUGGAUGUGAAUGCAGAAGCAUGGGGCCCCAAAUCGAAGGGGUUGACACCCCUUCACCUUGCUGCGGAGGGUGGGCAUCUUGAUUUAAUGGAUGAAUUGCUUGAACGUGGUGCCAACAUUGAUGCUAGAACCAAAGGUGCUUGUGGCUGGACACCUCUGCACAGUGCAGCCAAAGAGAGAAGGAAGGAAGCUGUGAAGUUCCUCGUGGAGAAUGGAGCUUUCUUGCCUGAUGACAUAAAUGACUGCAGAUUUAAUCCUCCACUGCACUACUGUCCCGGCCUCGAGUGGGCGUACGAGGAGGUCAAGCGUCUUCAACAUUACAAUGGUUCGUCUAGUGAGACAUCUUGCAGCUCUGAGAGCUGAAAAAAACCCCUCCCCCCCACACCCCUGAUGGUGGUGCUGUUGAGUUUGAUUCUGCUCUUAUCAAGGCAUCUAUCCAUCUAAAUCUUGCUGUGUUAUGUGUUUGCAUUCCUUUGCCAGCCUUUGUUCGAUGGACCUACUCGUUUUUGGUCCGAAUUUAUGCUACUUGGGACUGGGACUAUAAAUGUAACGACCCAUGUCUAAGAUUUGAAUU